CAUCCACUUCUUCAGAGGGCGAUAAUGCGCUGGGCAUUUUGCAAUUACAGGAAAAAGGCCCUCAUAUCUUCUCUCUCUCUCCCAGGUUUAUUCUCUCGAAGCCACGAGAAAAGAGGAUAAAUUCUGCGACACGGUAGACACACAAAUUAUCCUGAGUCCUCAAUAAUUGGUUAAUUUGUUGCAAAUUGUGAUAGCAUCGUUUUUCAAGGGAUCUCACAACUGUAUCUCUCUCUCUCUCUCUCAUUCUACAAAAUGGCGCAAGAGGUCGAAGAAACUAUGAAACGGAUUCAAUCUCAUAAGGGAGUAGUUGGAACAAUAGUGGUAAACGCGGAAGGUAUUCCAAUAAAAUCAACAUUAGACAACACUACGACAGUUCAGUACGCAGGUUUGAUAAGUCAAUUAUCAGAUAAAGCCCGCUCUGUUGUGCGCGAUCUGGAUCCGACCAAUGAUUUAACUUUCCUGCGCAUCCGUAGCAAAAAGCAUGAAAUUAUGGUCGCACCAGACAAGGAAUUUAUAUUGAUAGUAGUGCAAAAUCCAGUUGAUUGAUAUCUAAAGGAUGAUAAUAAUGCAGAAGUACAUUGCAAAAUUCAAAUUUAUUCCCUUAGUAAUUUUAUCGAUUAAUAAUUAUUAACUUAUUCCACGUAUUACGUUUGAUUUUAAUAAUUAUUCAAUUAAGGAAUGAAAGAAUAAAACUUGAUUAUUGGUAUAAUGCAGCAUUUUAUUUCCAAGUUGGUUUAGUGGAACUUUAAGAAUUUUCGUACCGUUUUCUUUAGCACUUCAUAUUUUGUGGUACUUUUGCAAAUCAAUUUAGUAAUAAAUUCUAAAUAAAUAUUAUUAAUUAUUCCUA